UAAACUCACAAUACUUCACAAACAUCUAUCUUUCCCAAAAUAUUUAAGCAUAAAUGGCUUUAACCAUCAAGCUCCAGUGCACUGUCCUGGCUCUGCUCUUCACCUUCGGAGUCUUAGCAUCUCUCGCUGCAGCUCGUUCUUUGAAUGAGGCAUCAAUGACCGAGACACAUGACCAGUGGAUGACACGUUAUGGACGUGUGUACAAAACUGCUGACGAGAAAAACAGGCGUUCUACCAUCUUCCAAGAGAACCUCAAAUACAUCCAGACAUUUAAUAAAGCCAAUAACAAGCCGUACAAACUAGGCGUCAAUGAAUUCGCAGAUCUUACCAAUGAGGAGUUUACAACUUCAAGAAACAAAUUCAAGAGCCAUGUCUGCGCCACAUCUACAAUUAAUGUAUUCCGAUAUGAAAAUGUUACUGCAGUACCAGCUACCAUGGACUGGAGAAAGAAAGGCGCUGUUACACCUAUCAAGGACCAGGGCCAGUGUGGGUGCUGCUGGGCGUUUUCAGCUGUGGCAGCUAUGGAAGGUAUUACUCAGCUUAAAACUGGUAAGCUGAUCUCUCUAUCGGAGCAAGAACUGGUUGAUUGUGAUACUAACGGCGAAGAUCAAGGCUGUGAGGGCGGUCUUAUGGACAAUGCAUUUGAUUUCAUCCAACAAAACCACGGCCUGUCAACUGAAACAAACUACCCAUACAGUGGAACUGAUGGAACAUGCAAUGCCAACAAAGAAGCAAACCACGCAGCCACGAUAACUGGGCACGAGGACGUGCCUGCUAACAGUGAGAGUGCUCUGCUAAAAGCUGUUGCAAAUCAACCAAUCUCCGUGGCCAUUGAUGCCAGUGGUUCAGAUUUUCAAUUCUACUCAAGUGGUGUCUUUACAGGAGAAUGUGGCACUGAGUUAGACCAUGGAGUCACUGCUGUAGGCUACGGCACCGCGGCUGAUGGGACCAAGUACUGGCUAGUGAAGAAUUCAUGGGGCACAAGUUGGGGGGAGGAAGGUUACAUCCAAAUGCAAAGAGGCGUAGCCGCUGCGGAAGGCCUAUGUGGUAUUGCAAUGCAGGCUUCCUAUCCCACGGCCUGAAAAUUCGAAAAAAACUGGUGAUUAUCACUAGUCACAACUUAUGUAAUUAUGUAUAUGCCUGUAUUGCCACUAUGUUCCUCCUGUGCAACUUAUGGUUGUUAGUACUUGAGCCAAGAACUUGUACAGUGUAAGAACUUGGUUAUUGUUAUUAGAGCUGUUCACGAA